AUGCCUACCAGCUGCACUUCCCAUGUCCUCGUCACCGGUGGCUCCGGCUUCAUCGGCUCCCACACUGUCCUUGAGCUCAUCAACCAGGGCCACAAGGUCGUAGUCGUCGACAACCUCAGCAACAGUUGUGAAGAGCCCCUGCGCCGCAUCGAAAAACUCGCUGGAUUGAACGAGGAGAGCCUGCCCUUCCACAAUGUCGACCUGGCAAACAUUGACGAUCUGCGCGCUGUCUUCAAGCAGUACAACUUCUCCAGUGUCAUCCACUUUGCUGCCCUCAAGGCUGUUGGCGAGUCGGUGCGCGUUCCGCUGGCCUACUACCGCAACAACAUCACCGGCACCCUCAACCUGAUGGACCUCAUGAUCGAGUUUGGCGUUAAAGACAUUGUCUUUUCAUCCUCGGCGACUGUGUACAAGUCUGAUCCCGACGGCCGGCCGUUCCGCGAGGAUAGUGAGCUUGGCUGCACCAGCCCCUAUGGCCGCACCAAGCUCUACAUGGAGAGCAUCAUUCGCGAUGUUGUCGGUGCUGAAUCUGGCUGGAAUGCAAUCAUGCUGAGAUACUUCAACCCUACUGGCGCGCAUGAGUCCGGGACCAUGGGCGAGGACCCCUGCCAGAUUCCCAACAAUCUGAUGCCGUACGUUUCGCAGGUUGCCAUUGGCAAGCUCGACAAUGUGCACGUCUUUGGCAAUGACUACAAUACUCGUGACGGCACAGGUGUGCGGGACUACAUCCAUGUGAUGGAUCUGGCCGAGGCCCACGUUAUUGCCCUCGAGAGGCUGACCGGGAACCACGGCUACGAGGUCUUUAAUCUUGGCUCUGGCGCCGGCCAGUCGGUGCUGGAAAUGAUCGACGCCAUGUCCAUUGCCUGUGGCCACAAGAUUCCCUAUGUGGUUGACCCCCGCCGCUCCGGCGACAUUGACACCAUUGUCUGCGAUCCUAAGAAGGCCAACGAGGUACUUGGUUUCAAGGUCUCCCGCGAUCUCACAAAGAUGUGCACCGACCUGUGGCGCUGGCAGGUUGCCAAUCCUGAGGGCUACAACCAGUAA